CACCCUGUACUUACUGUACUGUGCAAAAGUCUGAAGCCUACAAGAUUUUGUACAUUAUUUUGUCCUUUCAUAUGUACAUUCAUUUGAACUUGUUUUUCUUCUGAAUUUGUGCGGCACAGAACUGUAUAUACACCAACCUGUAUAUACACCAACCUGUAUAUACACCAACCUACACCAGUAGAGUAGAGAAGGGCAGGGCAGGAGAGAAGAGGGAAGGGCAGGGCUCGCAACUAACUUUGUCCCUCAUUGUCCCAGUACCAUCCCAAAGUGCAGAAUCAACCUUCCCAAACUCAACUGGGCCUGUCCCAAAAUUGCAUUGGGACAUGGGUCUAGGUGAUUUGCAAGAUUAUUUAAGUAAUCUAUACAGUUUUUGGGCUCAAAUCAAUUAAUAAUUCCAAUGUGAAUACAUGCACAAUAGAAUACACAAUUGUCUUGCUUGUUUCAUGGUGGGGCUAACACAAUUAUUGGUGUGGGCGUGUGGCUGUAGUAACAAGGUUUCUAAGGUUUUAAAAAUAUUUUCUACAAAAAGUUUGGUAUUACAAAAAAGUUUCAACGUUUUCAAACAAAUGUUUACAAUUAUCUGGUAAAGACUUACAUCAACAUAGUUAACACUACAUUUGUUUCAUGAUAACCAUAAAUCAUAAAAACUAUAAUAUGCCCCUUAAACAUGUUAGUUUAUUUCUUCAUGUGGUUUUCAUCCCUCUCCACCAUGGGACAGGAUUCUGUAAGGGUUAUGGACUUAUUUUGGCCAUUAGAGGUUCCUGGUUGGUUGUUUUUUCAUCCGUUGUAGGCUGUUAAAAAACGUAUACCGGUAUUCAUCAAAGACCAUGAAUUAUUAACCAAGCAACUAGCAAACUCGGUCAACACAUCCAGCUUGGUGUGUGUGUGUUUUCUACUAAAGAACCUGUUGUCAAGGUAAUACAAGUAGGUAAAAAAGCUAGUCGUUGCUGCUCCCUGGUGUUCGGAAGUAAUAACACCUCCAAUCAUUACACGUUUCUUCCCCUUGCUCUCUCUUCACUCGUGCCAGCCUGCAUGAUAUGGACGAUCAAACAGAUGAGUAGGCUAAAUGGUCCGUCGUACCAUUUGUGUUAUAUGGUUAUUCCGUUAUUCCAAACAAAACAACGGAAACAAAGCAUUUCCCCACAGUCUGGAUCUGACAUCCGAAAUGGACAAAACGAUAUUACGAGCCUAUUUUCUUUUUUUCUUGCAGAUACCAGCAUAAAGGAUAUGGAAAGAUCAAACCAACGAUUAAUGGCUCGUUAUACCAUUUGUGUUAUAUGGCUAUGGUUAUUUCAUUAUAAUUUUUAAAAUAACGAUACAACCCAAAACAAGCCGUUCAACGUAAAUGUGUGUUUCAGUUAGGCUAUAAAUAGUCUGUGUGUGUUAUUUUUUUAUGGGAUUUAGAUUUUAAGUUUAGCGUCUGAUCCACUCCGGAGCAGAAUGUGGCGGUAUUACACCAAUGAGUUGAAUGCCAACCCCCGUAAAACAAGAAGACAACGCUUUCAGCUCAGAGGAACGCAAUGGACCCAAGAGAAGGUGUUUACAGGAAUUUCAUGACUUUCCACUGUGGACAAUGCAACACUGUGUGGGCAGACUCACUCGGACUUUGUGGAGAAGCAAAGUGUUGUGACUCACUAAUAUGCAGCACAGUUAAUCUUUCCAUAGAGGUCACCCUUGAUGUGAUUAUCAAGAAGGAGAUACAGUCAAGUCUUGAGGAGAAAUGGGAAAACUGCAUCUACAAUUCCCUGAGCUGCUCUGGGUGUGGCUGUUCUGUGGGUGUAGUCCUCGUCUCAGCCCCACAGCAUCUCGCCAGUCUGCGUUCCCUCUUUCUCAUCCGGAAAGAGAACACCAAUUGUUAUCAAUUCAGUGAUGGUUCUAUGGUGAAGGCUUCUACACUUAACUUGGAUAUAGAGGCCAUUGGAACAAGUAUAGCUACGCUGAAACAAGAAAUGGAGGCAGCACUGGAGCACAUUUCUCUGCUACAUGGCAGCCUGAGAGAGAGCAGCACUGCAAGCCUGGAUUAGAUGGCUGCCGGGCUGGUGAUGACUUCCAGCUUCCUGUGUCAUGGUUCUGUUUAGGUGACAGGUUCUCUAGGACUUUGUCUGUUCAACAUGGUGUAUGAAUAUCAGCCUUUUGUAUAUCUGGUAUAUAAGCUAGUAAAUGUAAGAAGGUGUAUGCUUGCAUGGUAUAUGUCUGUUUGUCUUGUGUCUGAAUGUAAACGUGUAUGUGUGUCUGGCAUAUUGAUGUAAACUGGUGAUUGUGUGCAUGCUGGUGUGUGUUUGAAUUUAUAUUAGAUGUUCCGGGACCUUGUUUCAGGAAACAACACACUUCACUCUGAAUAAAUGAGGUCACUCGUUUUAUUGGCACCAUGCUGUUUUUUAUUGCUGAAUUUCUGAUGCAGAUUGUUAAUACGAAACCAGACGGGAGGUUCACAACAACAUGCUCGGGGCCACCCUCUGGAGUGCAUAGUUAGACUCGGCUCAUUCUGUGGUGAAGUUGAUUUGCAGUGUACAGCCAUGCAAUACCGUCCCCAGUGACUGUUCAAUUUCUCAAUAUAACAAUGUCGUAAGUUUUUACAUAGUUAAUUGUACAUGUAGGUUCAGUUUAAGUGUUUCUGGAGUACACUUCCCUGUUGUGGCCUGGUAAUGUCAAUUUCAAUGUUUAGAAAUUGACCUGUUUGGGGUGUUGAGAUUUUUACAACAUAAAAAACCUGGAGACGUGUUUGCGGCCCAAAAACAUUAGUUUUUUCUUGUUAUGUGAUCAUGAUACAAUUCCCUCCCCCAAAACAAAAACAUUUUAGUAUCAUAAUUCUAAUACUUUUCACAUUGUUACAAAACUGGAUUAUUGCAUGCAAUACAAAUCAUUAAUUAUUCAGCUUUGUCAUGCAUAAUUGGUUAACCCACAAUCAUUUAUAGCAUCUCUCUUUUCAUGUAUCCUAUAAACCCACAAAUAUAUAAGUUCCCACAAACCUAAAGGUUAAACAUAGUAUGUAUAACAGGAUGGUAAUAAUGGUGUUAAACCUUGACAAAAAAAGAAAUAUUUGUUGUGAUAUUUGUUCAUUAGGUAAUACAAUUUCCUGGGCAGGCUAUCAAAUGAUAUGGUGAGAUUGAUAGACCUAUUGGCCAUCUCUAUUGCUUUCAAAUAUUAUGACAUGAAACAGUUGGUGUUUACUACACACACACAUCUCAGCAAUGAUUCAGAACAAUACAAAUUCAUAUUGUGAAUGAACUUCUCUUCAUUUGCCAGUGCAGUGUUACUCUUGUCUUUACUCCAAACAACAGACUGUGGUCCUGCUGUAAUCCUACCUGGGGUUACUGGUAAUGCAUCCUAGAACCAAGUGCACAAUACACUUCCUUGUUAACAAAAAUAAUGAUGGGAGCAGCAAGUACCCUACAAAAACUCAUUCUCACACACAAUACUUUGAAUACCCUGGUGCUAAAAUCAUGCUUUACGUUAUUGCUACCAACCCUAAACUAAUAAGUUACAAUUUUAUGGUAGAUUUUUUUAAUACCCUAUAAAAUAAUAAACUGCAUUCCAAACUAUGGGUUAGUAAUGUAAGAAGUCUAUAUAUAUUUCUACAAUGUCUACGGCACUUUUCCACAGCAUGGUACCGGCUCAACUCGCCUUUUUGGAUUUUCCAUCGGGGGGCUGGUAGGCUACUUUGUACUGUAGCCUACUUUGUACUGAGGCUAUCCCAAAGGUGAGAUGAAACACUGCACACUACUGAUUUGUCAGAGUGAAUCGUGGGACAUCCAGGCAGCGCACAUUUUUAAAUAGCCAAGUUAUUAGGCUAUAGCGACUAUGACUAUGAGCGAGCGGCAGCAAAAAAAAGAUA